ACUUUUUUUUUACUACCACGGUUACAGUGUUAUCUCAUGAUUAUAAUAUCUAUGGUAAUUUCAUUUUUUUUGUGAUGGCUAUAAAAGCUUCAGAACAAAAAUGAUAUUAAGUGGUAUUUAAUUAUUGCAACCAAAGUGUUUUGAAGGAGCAGAUUGAAAGCGCAGUGCGGCCAGGAUGUUCAAGUACGUGAACCUGAUCAGCGCGGGCACCAACUACGCCCGCCGCAUGAACCAGCUGAGUAGCAGGAUCUUCGGGGAGGUGGUGCGGGCCACCAACUCCAAGUCGCUCAAGGUGGUGAAGAUGCUGAGCGAGAAGCCGAUCCACUUGCGGCCGGAGCUGGUGCGGUACUACCCGCGCCACGUGGAGACGCACCGCCUCAUGAUGCGGCUGCGCUACUACGGCCUGUACCGCGACGAGCACCAGGACUUCAAGGAGGAGAUGAAGCGGCUGCGAGCGCUGCGGGGAAAGGUGAAGCCGAAGAAGGGCGAGGGCAAGAAGGCCUCGAGGAAGUAGACGGCGCGGGACCUAGCUCCGAGCAGCUACGCACGUAGGCGGCCAUUGGCUCCCGCCAAACUACCGGCCUUUCCCUCCCGAAUGUUCCCGCCGGAUCCUGUCCAUGAACAUCCGGCUUCGAUGAGGCAUGAAACCUUGGAAACAUUAUGGUUUAAGCCCUGCCAUGGCAAAAAAUUAAAAUAACUACCUUAAAAUUCAAACUGUCGUAAAAAAAAUAGAUGGAUUUAACGAAGCGGUAAUUUUUUUUUUUUUUCAUUUCAAAACUGAACUUCCCAAAUACAUGCAGAGAAUACUACAAAUGCAAGAAAACUACAGUAAUUUAUAAAACAUGAAGUUGCAACAGUCACCAACACUACAACUUAAAAAUGUAAAGCUACAGAAAUGUUUCAUAUAUUCUUUUAGGUUCUCUUUGUAAAAAGAAAAAAAAAAUUGUAAACAUGUCAAAUUUUUAAAAGUUUGAUUUAAAAGUAGAAUUUGCUGUGUGCAAUAAUAUAGAAAGUUAAAACGUGAUGCACGAGAUGAAAAGACAAUUAUAGCCUCUUACACACAUCUGCUUUUUCGUUCAAAAUGCAGGAAAAUGUAAUUUAGUCGAUGUCUGUGUUGCAUUUUUGCGUCUGGCAUUUGUUAAUUUCUUGCAUAAGUUUAUAAACACAGAGUCAAGCUAUGCCUUACCCUAUAUUGGGUUACCAUACUUGUAGAAUUUUCGAUAAAUAAACCUGUUUCUGUACUAUGUACUGAACAAGUGUUUAGGUAUUGUUUAAGUUUUGUAGGAAUUUGGAAAUAAAUACCUACUUAUAAGGCAAA